UUGAUAAAAAUAAAAUGCCAACAGCAGUAGAUUUUUCAAAAAUUAGUUAUAUAAUUAUAACGGGUGCAUCUCAAGGUAUUGGUCGUGCAAUUGCUGUUGAGAUUGCUAAGACUGUAAACAAAAUCUCUACUGUUUUAUUGUUGGCUCGGUCUCAAACAGGUUUGAAGGAAACUGAGUCUUUAAUGCUAAAAGAAAAUGCAGAUUUGAACAUAAUAACAACUGCUCAAGAUCUAUCUAAACCUGAUAUCGGUAUGUUUGAAACUAUUAUUAAAGAACCAGUUGAUCAAGUAAACAAUAUUGAACAAGGUAUAAUAUUUCAUAAUGCUGGCCAUGUUGGAACAUUAAAUCCAACAACAGAACUUAUCGAUUUGCAAGCAUGGCGUAAUUAUUAUGAUUUAAAUCUCUUUUCUGCUGUAUUAUUAAAUGCAGCUUUUGUUUCUGAAAUACGAAAGAAAACAAAAAAUUUGAUUGUUGUGAAUAUAACGUCCCUCUGUGGAAAAGUACCAUUUGCUAACAUGUCCAUGUAUGGUUCGGCCAAAGCAGCAAGAGAUCUAUUUUUCCAAGUACUUGCCACAGAGGAGAAAGAUAUUAUUGUAUUAAAUUACUCUCCUGGUCCUGUGGAUACCAAUAUGGUACAAGAUAUUGUUACUAAUAUGAAGGACAAAACAGUAAAAGACCAAUUCGUCUCUUUAUUAGAAACAAAAACGAUUUUAACCCCUGAACAGACCGUUAAAAAAAUGCUUAGAAUUUUGGAAAUGGGUGAUUUUAAAUCUGGAAGUAUUAUUGAUUAUUAUAACAGAACUUAAAAUGAAUUAAACAAUAUUAUGUUAAAUAUUUUGCAUUUAUCUAUAGUA